AUUUUUAGUUUAAUCCAAUUUGCUCUACGUCACCUGUAUACGCAUAUAUUUAGCCAAUGUUAGGAUUCCAAUGUUAGCGUUACGAUUGCGAAUUUAUUUUACGAAAUAUUCUUUUUAAUUAAUCGAUUGACAAUUAAAUCAAAUUUUAAUAAUUUAACGUGUCCGUAAAAUAGUUCGUCAAUGAUUAAAACUGACACCAAACUAUUUCGCCUCGCUUUUUUCAUUAUUAUUUUCAAUAAGAGAAAAUAGAAACAUUAAUUUGGACUAAUGAUCGAACGAUUGCGUUAAUUUUACCGUAUGAUUAAUUCAAUGAACGUAGAAAUGAAAAUAAAAAUCAUGACUCAGUCAAUAUUAAGAAGAGGUAGAACUAUAUUACCAGGUAGAAUUUCAUUCGUGAUUUUGUUGAUCAGCUGAUCAUGACAAUAUGGCGGCCGUCAUAAUAGUGGUGAAAAGUUCGGAUUAAAACUAUUUCUUACUUUUAAAACGCUAUGACAAUGUAUUAAAUUAGACCGAUUCAGAGACAUUUAUUCUUUUCUAAUUCAUAUUUUGAGCUAAAAUUUGAAGGAAAUCAUUAUUAAAUUUCAUUAUGGCGAAUAUUAAGGUAGAAAAACUGUUUCGUACCUUUUUGGAUCGCAGACAAUUGACAGAUAGCGCGACAGGUAAAGGUUCUCAAAAACAGAUAACAGAUUUGUGGAAAAAACUUUUCUUAUCCGUAAGGAACAUAAGGAAGGAAAACAUGUCAAUGCAAAAUCAUUCAAAACUGUUUGCUCAGAUAAAAGAUUAUUUAAACAAAUUUGGUUAUGAGAAAAAUCUUCAUAUCAUUUUGUCCAAAUAUUGGAUCGAAUUGGUACAAAAGAUAGCAUAUAUCCAGGGAGAUACCAUUAGAAAAUUAUUAUUUAUUGGGGCUCAGAGAGAAUCGGAUAAAAUAAUAAAAGAAGAGAAAAAUAAUUUUGAAACGUCAAAAAGUGUUCUUACGGUAACAACGGAACGGGAAGAAGAAAUUAACGAAAAGACCAUUAUUGACAAUAGAAAGCUCGUACAAAAGCUGAUAGAAAGUCCGACAGUUCAAAAGGAUGAUUUUAAGCUGAGCAAUACUAACGUUAAGUUACAUUUAAAAGAGUUAUCUUAUUUGCCGCAAAUUUUUACUGCUUUAAUAUUGAAAUUAACGAACAAGGCAAAAGAGAGCGGUUUAACAUCUACGCCAAAGUGGAAGAUAAACGUUAACAGUAAUAUUUCAAAGCAUAGUAUUAUUUCGAGAACGCGACAUGUAUUGAGCAGUAUUGUAAACGCCGAGUCGAGUGCCUCAAAGUGCAGAAGAAUUGAAGAUCUAUUGGCACACAUUGAUCGUUAUCCGGAAGCUCGACAUUAUGCUAUCAAGGAAGGAGCUAUAAGUACUUUGCUAAGAAUACGGCAAACGAAUAAUGAUGAAAAAAUUAAAGGAUCAAUCAGAGAAUCAUUAGCAAUAAUGGGUUAUAACGAUCCUCCGACUGGACGUGGAAUUAGAAUUCUUUCUAUAGACGGAGGAGGAAUUCGUGGUGUUCUCGUUAUAGAAAUGUUAAAGAAAUUGGAAGAAUUGACUGGAAAGAAAACGCAUGAGAUGUUCGAUUAUAUAUGCGGUGUCAGUACAGGAGCUAUUAUUGCCACCACGUUAGCUGUACCAAAGGAGUCGGAUGAAGGAGGCCUUAAGAGAAAGUCAUUAGAUGAAGUUUCUGACUUGUACAAGGAAAUGAGUACUAAAGUGUUUACACAAAGUGCCAUAAAAGGUACUAGUAGCCUGGUGUGGAGUCACGCUUAUUAUGAUACAGCACUGUGGGAGAAAUUAUUACGGGAAACAAUAGGUGAUAAACCCCUCAUAAAGACGAAUCGUGAUCCUAAUUCCCCAAAGUUCUCAGCUAUAUCAGCGGUAGUUAAUCAUGAACGCGUAAUGGCUUAUGUAUUCCGAAAUUAUACAUUGCCACACAGAAUUGAAAGUCAAUACAUGGGUUCGCAUAAACAUGCAUUAUGGGAAGCAGCAAGAGCCUCAGCAGCGGCUCCUAGCUAUUUCGAAGAGUUUAAACACGGAGAAUACCUUCAUCAGGAUGGAGGUAUAUUGGUAAAUAAUCCGUGUGCAGUAGCAAUACACGAGGCAAAACAAUUAUGGCCGAAUAGUUCAAUACAAUGUGUCAUUUCAUUUGGCACUGGAAGAACGCCAAACAGAAUUUCUGAUACUGAUUCAACAUCGGUAGAAGUAGCCAUUUCAAGUUGGAAAGAAAAAUUCUAUAAAAUAUUGGAUAGUGCUACCGAUACCGAAGCUGUACACACAAUGUUGAAUGAUCUUCUACCUGACCACGUGUACUUUAGAUUCAAUCCAUACCUUACUGAAAUGUUAUCUAUGGUAGAAAUAAGACCUGAGAAAGUAACUCAACUGGAGCAAGAUGCAAGAAUGUAUAUACGCAGGAACGAAGAGAAAUUCGAGAAGGCUGCUAUGGCAUUAUCUCAAACAAGAUCAAUGCAACAGAAAUUAUUGGAUUGGAUCACUUUACAAAAAAGAAUAGCUGGUCUUUAAACUAUAUUCAUAAUAGUAACAGAUCGCAUUCCACGAAUUAGAAAUUGAAGAGAGUAUUUAUUUUGAGUAAUGCAAAUGUUAUUUCUAAAUAUGACAGAUGUUCUAUUUAACGAUUA